AUACGUUUUUCUGAUUUCGCUGGUUAACAACGUUUCAAUUAGGUUAUCUUUCUUCUCACAUAAAAGUUAAAAAAAUAUAAAACUUUUCGAUAAAUCUUCAAAUAAAUCGACAAAAAUGAAAGAUCAUUUGGUGAUAUUUCUGCUAAUAUUGCCCACAAUUAUUUGUACAUUCAAUACCCAUAACAAAUUGUUUGUUUAUGCCGAGGAUGAGGCGAUCGAAGACGAUAUCGUGGAAGUAGAGGUUGAAGAUGGAGCGGUCACAGGCGAUGAUGCAGAUGCGGAUGAUGAUACCGAGAGUUUAUCGUCGUCAUCUCCAUAUGCAGACACAUUCUUACUCUUUACUAAGCCCACUUAUAAACCUGGCCAGCAAUUGGAUUUGCCGGGCGGAAAACCAGUUGAAUUCUUAAUAGGCUUCACGAAUAAGGGAACAAAUGAAUUUAUCAUUGAAACGGUAGAGGCUUCCUUUCGCUAUCCGAUGGAUUUUAAUUAUCAUAUACAGAAUUUCUCGGCUGUGGCGUACAAUCGCGAAGUAAAACCUGGUCUGGAAGCUACAGUCUCUUAUUCAUUUAUGCCAUCCGAUCAAUUUGCUGGUCGUCCGUUCGGUUUAAACAUUGCCUUAAAUUAUCGAGAUGGCAAUGGUGUGCAGUAUAGUGAAGCAGUUUUUAAUGAGACUGUCCUAAUUUCCGAGGUAGACGAAGGACUCGAUGGGGAGACCUUCUUUUUGUACGUUUUGCUGGCUGGUAUUGUAGUGUUGUUAUUGGUUAUUGGCCAACAGUAUCUAUUGGGCUCUUCAGGCAAGCGUAAACGAGCGGCAGCAAAAAAAAUUAUUGAGACUGGUACAACUAACGAUAGCACAAUCGAUUAUGAAUGGCUGCCCCAAGAGACACUGCGUGCCUUACAGAAAUCUUCACCUAAAAACAAAAUUUCAAAAAUCUCACCCAAACCGAUUAAACCAAGCAGUCCUAAGCAAAGUCAAAGUCCCAAACAAAAGAAGACUGUCAAGCAGCAAUAAUUUUCUUAAAAUUUGCCACGCCAUCACUUUUUACAACAAUUCAUCAAAUUUUUUUCGGAUGGCAGCGACACUUGCUCCUAUUGCCUUUUUCGAGAAAUUCUCUAAAAUAACAUUAAAUAAGAAUAUGACAUUGAUUAGCGUUCAUAUAGUGAAAGGAGCUUGCAAAGAGUUUGUUGAUUAGUUGCUGCUGAUUACAUUGCUUUAGUUUUUGAUGCAUUAUUUUUGUUUUUAUAAUCUUCGUUUACAGAAGAUACGCCAAUGGUUAAAAGGUUUAAGUUUAUAGCGGGAUCACAAUAUUUGCAGGCAAUUGUAAUCGCGGAAAUGUUUUCCAUUAAUUAAACGAAAGUGAUUUUUAUAUGUUUUAAUUUAAAGUAAAGCGGUAACAUUUGACUUGUAUCGAUUUAGCUCCUGAUAUUCUUUAAAAUCUAAUUAAUGUAUUUAAUUUAAUAAUAAAAGAUUUUAU